AUGGCCCCUCUUCCCACAGCACCGAAAACGAACGAAACCAAACCACGACUUGGAAAGGACGAGGUAGACAUUCUUGAACGCGAGUUCAAGAAGAACCCCAAGCCGACGACUCAAACGAAACGUCAAUUUGCAGAUGAUAUGAGAGUGGAACUUCCGAGAAUCAAUAACUGGUUUCAAAAUCGUCGAGCAAAAAGGAAGCAGGAGAAGAAGCAGGAAGCUUACGAAGCAGGGCAGGCUCAAGAUGCUUUGGGACAAUACUCUGAACCUUCGUCGCCGGAUUUCAAUUACGGCAAUCAGUAUUUCGACAGCCAUAUACUACCCGCACCAUUUGGCCUGCCAAGUGGACCUCCACCUCCAGUCGCCCCUUACAAUCCUCAGUAUUCUGACCCGUCGUCGGCAAGCAUGGAGUCCCUCCACCGGACUAUGGCAGCCGCUCAAGCCGCAAGUGAGCACGACGAAUACGAUUUUGUUGACCACGAUUCUCUGAAUGCAUUUAGAGGUGGCUCGCUUGUUCACGAUUCCGCAAACAGCGAUCGUGCUCACUUCCCGUCUCCGGAGGAAUCCGUUGUUAACUUCGACCAAUAUUCGUAUCCCUCCGCCUUUGCCAACAAUAUUUACAAUAACAGUUCCCAGAGCGCCGAGCUUCAAUCGCCUCCACAGGAACACCACACCCCAACACUCUUCAGCGCCUACCCCACGUCUUCCGAAGUCGAGGUAUCUGCUCCACAAGCAGUUACCGCGUUCCCUUCACAGCUCUUGACACAAUUCGAUAGCCUUCCCCAACAAGCGAAUGGCAGCAAUAGUGACAGCCAAAGUCCCGAGAAUAGCAGUGCUUCGACCCUGGCGAUUGGGUUCCAUGACAUUGCCGAAUCCGAUGAAACUUCUGCGUCGCCUCCAGCCCCCUCGAAUCCUUUUAGGUUUCCGCCACCGCCACCGCCAAUGGAUAUUGCUUCUCGCCGAAAGAAGGUUCAGCAUAAGCCAGCUGCAUUGAUUGCGGACACAUUGCGCAGCAACCGUCCAUCAAUGGGACCAAGAACGGUUUCUCAUGCCGAAGGAUUCCGUCGACCAAUGGAUAGCCCAGUUUCAUCACCAAUGCGCCGAAUUGUUUCUGCCGGAGGAAAUAGAAACGUACUUUCUGGUCGAGUGUACAAAUCUGGAGUUGAGUCUGCACAGCGCUCACCGAUCAACUUGGGUAACUUCCCCGAGUCGUUCAUGGAGCAAAAUUUCCACACAAUUCGGGUACCGCCUUCCCUGACCGCCGGGUCCUCCUUGAAUAGCAGUCUAGCUCCACCCACGCCAAUGUCGCCUCGAGAAAGGGAGAUGACCCUCGUCAAAAGGGAGACCUCGAGAUCUACUGCCUCGCCGAAUGAAGGGAGUAUGAACUUCGUUUUCAAUGCUGGAACUGGUGGUUUCAUCACAAUGGAAGGAGACCAGAACCUCGCGUCACCCCCUGAGACACCCCAGGCCCAAAUUGUUAUGCACCCUUCCAACAAUUGGCAGACCAUCGAGUUCCCAGAGAAGCAGUGGAGCUUUGAAGUUUCCGACGAAGCACUGUACACUCCCGCACACGAAACAUUUCCCUUGGAACUUCACAUGCCCCACCCGGCAUAUUUGACUUCGAUGAGCCAGCCAGUCACCCCGGCUUACGAGCAGUUCAAUCCGAACUUCCUAUUCGCUCACGAGGGCGACUCGCCUCAAUACACACUAUCUACUCAGCCUCAUUCUGACUUUCAUUCUGAGUACACGUUUCCGGAGACGCACUAUAUGUCACCAUCCAUGGCGAAACAAAAAACCUUUCAAUUCUCGCACACCACUCCUGCCGACUUCUCUGAGAAGUGA